CGUUUCAGUACUCCACUCUUACUGAAGGCAAUCAUUAUUAACUUAGUAAAACAAUCGCGUAGUAGUACUUUUAAAUGAUCCAAUAAAAUUAUGUCGGAAAAACUGAAUUAUUGUUGUAGUACCGGGUCGCUGAGUUCUCAGCUCGAUUCCGACAAUAAUGUGAUUUUGAGUGACGAAAAUAAAUAUUCUCUAGUGGCCUCCAACAACAAUGUGAUUCUACCUGAGGACGGGCAACACGUGUUCCCGAAACGUCAGAGGAUGGAUCUGGAAUUUAGGGACGUCACGUUUUCGAGUACCAGUUGGUCGAUGACGAAAUUUCAGAGAGAAACCAAAAAAAUCCUCCAUGGAGUUUCUGGCAAAUUCAAAUCCGGCGAAUUGUCGGUGAUUAUGGGCCCGUCCGGUGCCGGAAAGAGCACCUUACUGAACAUUUUAGCAGGUUACGUAACAAGAGGUAGUUCGGGCGAAGUGAAUGUGAAUGGUGUAAUACGAGAUCAAAGCCCUCGCUUCAGAAAACUAUCGGCCUACAUACCGCAAGACGAAGAACUACGAUUAGGCCUGACGGUCAAGGAGGCGAUGACUUUCGCGGCCAACUUGAAAUUGGGUUACGGUGUCACUCACCAAUACAAAAUGCAACAGGUAGUCGAAAUUCUGGCUUUACUAGGCCUAGACCAAUGCCACCACACACUCACCUCCCGAUUAUCGGGCGGUCAACGAAAAAGACUGGCAGUUGCUUUGGAACUGCUCAGCAACCCUCCUAUACUGUUUCUGGACGAACCUACUACCGGCUUGGACAGCGCCUCUUGCAGCCAAUGCAUUUACUUAUUCAAACGCUUGGCCCAGAGAGGCCGCACCAUCGUUUGCACCAUACAUCAACCCUCGGCGCUCUUAUUCGAAAUGUUUGACAAACUUUACGCUUUGACAGCUGGAAAGUGCAUUUACGAUGGACCCAGCAGUCAAUUGAUUCCUUAUUUGAAUAACUACAACAUCAAGUGUCCGCCUUAUCAUAAUCCUGCAGAUUUUUUAAUGGAAGUAGCUAUUGGCGAGCACAAUGUUAAUAUUGACGUGUUGGCUCAGGGUGCGAAAGAAAGUCAAAUUAAAGAGUAUGGAAACAAAAAAACUGACGAAUCCCUAAAAACCUUCACCAAAGACGAUCUCCUGAAAAUCAGCAAGGAAAACCCGGCGAUUGCUCCGGCACCAGUUCCGAUGCAAUUUUUCUUGCUCUACAAACGCAACCUGCUGCAAACCCGUAGAAAUUGGCUCUAUCCUCUCAAUCGCCUAUUGGCUCACAUUGUUAUCGGCUUCAUUUUUGGGUAUUUGUAUAAAGGAGUUGGCGCUAAUGCUAAUCAGAUCUUGGCCAACUACGUUUAUUUGUAUGGAACAAUGUUGCUGAACGUUUACACUGGAAAAAUGUCAGUUACGUUGUCGUUCCCUCUCGAAAUGAAAAUCCUGACCCGGGAACACUUCAACAGAUGGUACAAGUUGAGCCCCUACCUGCUGUCUGUGAUACUUAUCGAGAUACCUUUUCAGGUUCUCUGUACUUGGACCUACAUACUGAUCUCCUAUUGGCUCACCAGCCAACCGUUGGACUACAGAGCCUACAUUUUCGUGUUUUUCGUCACCAUCGGCACCCUUUGCGCCCAAUCGAUGGGCUACUUUAUAGGCGCCAGUACCAGCACGAAAAUCGCCGUCUUCAUCGGACCGGUGCUAGCCUGUUGCUUUUCCAUCUUCGGUUUUUGCCUGCGACGUUCCGACACUCCGCCUAUGUUCAGGUGGUUGUUCGGCAUCAGCUAUUUCCGGGCCGCCUUUCACGGAGUGGUGGUGGCCGUUUACGGAUUCAACCGGAAAAACUUGUAUUGUCCGGAAGAAGAAGCGUAUUGUCAUUAUGAAGAUCCGUCUAAGUUUUUGAAGGAAAUGGACAUUGUCAAUAUCGAUCUGGUGUCUAACAUUUCUUUGGUGGUGUUUAUUUGGUGUCUAAUGAACGCGGCCACUUAUUUGAUUUUGUGGUUCAAGUUGCACAAGAGGUGAUUUUGUUUGAAAAAUGUAUGCGAAAAUGUUAAUGUUUAUUAGAAUGUCAGAAACAUGACGGAGUAGCUUACACAAUGACUUUUAAAACAAUGCAAUGCAAAGUUACUGAUCUCACAAAAUUAUGCAGAUAAAGUGAUAAAAUUGUCAUACAAUUUUCCACCAACUUUCCGCACCUGUUUUUGUUUGGAAAAGUACCCACAGUAGAAAAACAUACCGACUGGAAUGACAAAAAUUGUGUGAGCUGCUUCUUCAAAAUAUAAAAAUAUACUCAGUGUUGAAAUUAAAUUUAAACACUUGUAUUACCGAUAUAUUAUGACGUGAUGCUGUGAUAUAUUUUUUUGACGGUCAAGGCCAGUAGAAUGUCAAAGGUCCCAGCUUGCCUACAAUAUAAGUUUGUUGCCAAAGAAAUAUGCGUUUGCUGAAACAAACCUCAUGAUUGCAGACGGACGAGUAUUAUUAAACGAAUGUUUCUGACAAUUUAUUUUUUAUAUGUAAUCUUGCCACACUAGUCAAUGCUGGAGUUUGUUUGUUUGAGUUUUUGGUGUACUUUUUGAGUCAAUAAAACUUCUCUUUGGUUAUAAUUUUGAUUGGUACUCAAAAAGUACAUGAGAAUCUAGUUGGUAGUUAUUAUAACUUUAUUUAUUAUUUUAAGAAUUAUAUUUGACUUAUUUUUUUUGUAAUAUUUAGGAGAAAAAAUAAACGAAAAAAUU